GGCCCGUGUGCUGACUGGACACUGUCAGAGCACAGCUACAGGACUAUAAAGAGAGAAGUCACUGAGUCCUCCUCUCACUCAGGAUGAAACUUCUUCUGCUGGUUCUCUGCUCACAGGUGCUACUGCACAGAGCAUCAGCCCUCAGGCUGUGUGGCAGUUCGGCAAUGUGUUCGAUUGCAACAUUCCCAGGACUGGUACAGUCUUCAGAGUACAGAUUCUAUGGCUGCUACUGUGGCUUGUGGGGAAUUGGCAAUUCAGAUGAAGACUUAGACAGUUGCUGCAGGACUCGUGACAACUGCCUUGCUCAGGUCAUAACCUGGAAAACUGUGGAUUCCUCAUAAGGAACCCUUACACCAGCUCCUACUCAUAUUCAUGUUCUGGGAAUGAGAUCACCUGCAGUG